AUGGGCAGAUGGUACCGGGGCCGUGUGCUGGGCGGUUCAUCCCACCUGGGCAUCUUCCCGGCCAAUCACAUCCGCGUCAGGCCGUGCAUCGUCCACAACUCCGGGCAAUUUGAGCAAGUGCAGCCUUCGGACGAUCCAGUUUCCCUCGAGGUCGUCGACGUCUUGCGGGAAUGGGGCAAGCACAUGAAGCAGCUGUACCUGUCGAACCUGCAGAAGUUUGAGCGGCUGCUGCCUGCUGUCAACGAUCUGGUGAUGCUGCGGCAACAGCUCAUGCUCGACGUGCUGCCAGAGGACCUGCAGGCAAACCUCCGAUCAAAGAUUACGAACAAGAUUGACUGGGGCAACCAGCACCUCGGGCUUGACCUGAUCCCGCGCGAUGAGCAGGGCAAGAUCCUCACCGCCGACGACACCAGCAUCCUCCACCUCUUCCGCGUCCACGAGGCGGCGGUGGCCAACCGUGCCCGCACGCUCUCGCUUUCCUCUCUCCGUCGCAUGACAACAUCGGCCGGCGGACCCUCCCAGCGGCAGCCCAACAAACACCUCUUUGUCCAGCACAAGGUGUUUGUGUGCGGCGUUGGCGAGAACGCUGAUCUGUAUUACAGCGUCUUCGAUGCCACAGCAGGCCGCUUCAUCACAGAGCCAUUCCUGGUCCGGCUGUCCAAGACAGGUGCUCCACUCGACGAGCGACGAUUCGACAAGAUGGCAUGCGUCUUCGCCGUGAGUUGCCUUGAUGGAGGCGGUCGCGUUGAGCAAGGCCGGAACGACCUGUACGUGACCAUCUGCGACGGGACAUUUGAUCCGCGCGGGAAGCAGCGGCCACGCAACAUCGAAGUUGUCGCCUCGCUCUGCAGUGACGACGGCGUCCAGCUGUCCGACUGCAUCCAUCUCGGCGUUGGCGAGCCGCCCGUGAACGAGUUUGGCAGCGUCAUCUACUACCACAACAACAACCCAACGUGGAACGAAACGUUCAAAAUCUCCAUCGACCCCCAGCAGUUUGCCCGCACGCACAUCAAGUUCUACUUCCGCCACUGUCAGUCCUCCCAGGACCGCUCGAAGAACGAAACGUUUUGUUUUGCGUUUAUCCGCCUGGUGGACCUCCGCCAUGAAACUGCCAUUGCAGACGGGCCGCACCACCCGCCCGUGUACCGGUACCAGAAGCUGUACGACAGCGUGAACGAGGGCCCACCAGCGUACCUCACCAACACGGACGGGCUCGACCAGCUCGUCAAGGACAAAUUCACCAUCCGCACCUCCCUCUGCUCCACCAAGCUGACGCAAAACGUGAGCCUUCGCAAGCUGCUGACCUGGCGCACGGCCCCCGUCGGCUCCCUGGGCGGGCUGCUGGAUGACGUGAAGGACAAGGUGGACAGCAUCGACAUCAUCAAGUUCCCAACAGACAUCUUUGACGCCAUCUUCGGCAUCCUGCAUGAACACAACGGGCUGUCAGACAAGGUGUUUAUGACGCUUGUUGAGAUCAUCAAGAAGGCUGUCCUGCCGCGUCGCUACCAGGACUUCCGGUCUGUCCUCGACACGUACAUCGACCACCACUUUGCACACACGGACCUCCACCCGCACCUCGUCGCCUCCCUCCACUCCCAAGUCAAGGACGUGGAGGACAUUUCGCGGCUGAAGGGCAUCAAUAACGCGAUGAAGGCCAUCGAGUACAUCUUCAAGUUCAUCGUCAGGUCGUUUGAGCUGGCGAAGAGGAGCGGGCGGGCGGAUGUGGAGGGAUUCAAGGGGAAAUUAAGGGAACUGUUCCGCUCGUUCAACCUCAUGAUGGAAUUGGACGACAGCAAGUUCAUCGGCACCCAGAGUAUCACCCUCCAGCAUUUUGCGCACGUCUUCCACGGAAUGGACAAGAUCUUCAACACGAGCGAGCUCGGGGGCGUGGUCCAGGGUUUUAUCCAGGCCAUCUCGCUGCUGCGCAAUGCCAAGUUGAACGAGCACAAGCUGUCGUUCCUGAACAACUUGGUGAAGAGCCCGCUGUACACGAGCAGACAGGGCCGUCUCCACCUCAACACCCCGCUCACCACCAUCAUCUCAUUCCACCUCGCAACAGGCGACCACCUCGGUAACGUGCUUGACAUCGUGGAGAGCAUCCUGGAUGUGCUGUCCUCGUCGUCCAACACCACUCCCGACGACAUUGUGGAGGUGGCGUCGACGCUGCUGCUUGACCUGCUCAAGGUCUGCCACAAGAUGAACACGGCCUCGCCCUUCUUCGCGCGGCUCGUCACGGCGCUCCUCCAGCUCUUCAACCUCAUGAGCCCCCACACCUACCACGCGAUCAUCACGCAGAAGAGCGACGUGGAGCUGCCGGAUUUCUUCGCUGCCGCAUUUGCCGCUUUCGACCGCGUCGUCACCAACGAGGUGUAUCCGCCGGAUUGGGUCGUGAUGCGAAUGGUCCUCAAUGACGUCAUCCUCAGCGUCACGAAAGAGUUGAGCCAGCACCUGCGUGCACACUUCCUGCACGAUCCGCUGUUCCUCGAGGAUUUGUGGUCGCAAUUCUUCCGCUUUGCCGUGCGCUACAUGUGCCAGCGCAGUCUUCAGGUUGAAGACUUCAGCGAAACGAAACGCGCGCACAUUCUCGGGAAACUUGGCGACCGUCGCGAGCUCAUGGCGCAGCACGUGGUCGACAUGUGGAACGCCCUCAAGGCAAAGCAGCUUGUGUUUACGCCUGCGCUGGUUGGCCCCUUCCAGGAGAUGGCGCUCAUCCCGCAGAAGGCCGUGCGGCGCCUCACCAUCCCAAUGUUCUUCGACAUGAUCGAGAAGCAGACAGACGCGACGGGGGACUUUGGAGAGGUGAUCAACGAGAUGGUGGACCAGCUCGACACGACCGUCACCGCCGGCGCAGGGGACCAAGAGUACAUCGCCGUCUUCUCGGCAAUCUUCACCGAGCGGGUGAACAUGUGCUCGAGCGCACGCAUCAAGGAAACGCUGCCCAAAUACAUUUCAGACAUGGAGGGAUUGCUUGGGCACCUGCUGAACUUGCGCAAUGUCCCGGACGGCGACCGGCACCGCGACCAGCGCGCAGGAUGCAUGAUGGCGCUCAUCCACUUCUAUGGCCGCACAGACAGGCUCGAGAUGAUGAAGCGCUAUGUGGAGAAGCUGACGGACAUUCACGUGCGGUCGUCGCAGUUUGCAGAGGCCGGGCUCGCCCUCAAGCUCCACGCCGACUUGCUGGGGUGGUCGGAUGAGAAGUUGGAAGCAUUCAAGGAUUCCUCGGGCAAGGAGCUGUACCCGCCACAGACGGCGCGCGAGAGGAAGGCGGCCAUCUUUGCCAAGUCGAUUGAGUUGCUCGACAAGGGCGAGGUCUGGGAGCGCGCAAUGCCGCUCUGUAAGCAGCUCGCCGUACAGUAUGACGAGGAGCUGUUUGACUUUGUGAAGCUGCGCGAUGUUCUGCAGCAGCGCGCCGCGUUCCUCGACAAGAUUGUCAAGGGCACUCGGGCAGAGCCACAGUACUUCCGGGUCGGGUACUGGGGCAGCACGUUCCCGGAGCACAUGCGCAACAAGGAGUUUAUCUACCGCUCCCGCAACAAGAACGACCACAUCACCGUGUUCUGCGAGCGCAUCCAGAACCAGUUCCCGACGGCGCAGCUGCUCAUGUCUCCAAAGCCAAUCACCGACGAGCUCAAGCAGAGCAAAGACCAGCGCAUCAUGAUCUCAAAGGUGUCGCCCGUCGUCACACCCGAGUCGUUCCCCUUCAAGGGCAAACCCGUGCCGGAGGAGCUGAAGAAGUACUACCGGUGCAACGACGUCAGCGUGUUCAAGUUUGAACGCCCCUUCCACAAGGGCAAGCAGACGGACAACGAGUUUGAAACGCUCUGGACCGAAACCGCGACAAUGGAGAUUGCCGGCCAGCUGCCGUGCGAAGAGAUGCGGGCUGUGGUGGUGAAGACCACCCGAGCAGAGCAGUCGCCCGUGCAAAACGCAGUCAAGUCCAUGGCCGACAAGAACGAGGAACUCCGCAGCGUCAUCGAGCUGCACGGGUCUGACCCGAGCCUGAACGUCAAUCCGCUGACGAUGGCGCUGCAGGGCGUCCUCGACGCCGCCGUCAUGGGCGGUGUCAACAAAUACAGGGAGGCGUUCUGCACGGAGGAGUUCCUGGCGAAGAAUCCGGACGAGGCCGAAUACGUGCAGCGCCUGAAACGCCUCAUCAAGCAGCAGGUGACGAUUCUUGAGGCUGGCGUCGCCGUGCACGGGCAGGCGUGUCCAAAGGAGCUGGGCCAGCUGCAGGACCGCUUCUCCACGCUGCUCGAGGACAUGCGGCAGCAGACGCUCGCAGACGGCGACACCGAGGACACCGCACACGGCGAGGCUGAGGCCGCCACGGCCCGGCCCCCGAGCUAUCAGAACCCGCCCCGGUCAUCGUCUGCAUCCAUGCACGCCAAGGAGGCGGCGGCAGCCACAGCAACACUGCGCACUCCGCCAGCGCGCCCGUUUGCAUCGUCGUCACCAGCAGCGGGCGCGAAGACAGCCACGCUCGCCAAGCCGCCACCAGCUGCUGCUGCUGCCACGACAGCAACAACGGGUGCAAUGCACGGCAUGAACCGCGCGCCGACUUUGCGCAAGAAACCGGACGGGAGCGGGAUGCAGUCGACACCGCCGGCUGUGACACCGAAGAGCAGAGGCAGCGCUGCAUCGAUCGCGUCAUCGUCAUCAGCGACAUCAACGCCCGGAUCAUCAGCAGCAGCAACAGCGGCACACCAGCAGGGGGAGCCCACCAACCCGUUCAACGCCAAGCUGUCGACACCCGUGCCACCAUCCGACUUCCCAGACGCCAACGGCAACACCACCACCACGUCCAACCAGCAGCAAGCCAUCGCCGAAUCCGUUCCUGAGCCGCAAGAGCAGCACCGCCAGCACCCCGCCCUCCUCCUCCCGCAUGAGCAUCGCCGAAUCCGUUCCAUCCGAUGCCCCGCCGCCGCGUCCCCCGUCCUCGGGCAAACCCCCACGGCCCUCGGUCACCACCAAGCCGUCCACGCCAACCACGCCAACCACGCCAACCACGCCAACAGUCGCUGCCAAGCCGGCCGUUGCGUCCAAACCGCCAAAGCCAGCGCCGUCGCCGCGCACGCGGAGUGGCGCACCGUCAACAUCGGACACUGCCAGCAGGGCAUCUGUUGA